GUGCGUGCUGAGUUAUAAGGCAAGUGUUUGGGACUUAAGGUAGCUUUCACUUCCUGUUGACAUCCUCCUUGUAGCGCGACGGUCCUCUUACCCUUACCACGAUACCUGAUUUGGAGGAUUUCAAAUUCCAAACCCCUAAAUUUGAAUACACAAACAAGAUAUGGAGCGUAAGUAUCAUGCCAAGUUUCCAUAAAUGUUUCACACCGUUAAAUAUUCGAUUAGUUUGAGGAAGCCUUCAACGCGAUGAAGAAGGACCUAUUUCGUGAGGUUUGGCGACAGAAGGGAACGCUUCUGCGAGAGUUUGCUUCCAGAGCGAAGCUUGUUACGCCUCGCAAUUUUAUGACCGAAUCUACUCCCACAUUGACACCUGCUCUACCAAGUCCCCAAACUCAAGCACGACGUAGAUGGCAGCACAUCCUUCGCAGUCUCACUGUUUCCCCAGCGAAUGCUCAAACGAUUGAACAAACACCUAGUACUUCAGACGAAAACACUGGUGCGAAUCCAGAACGUUUGACAAGUGCUUCACCUAUCGUCCCUCGUGACGUUCCUGGUGCCCGUGGUCCGUUCCCUGAAUCUGCAGCGCGAGGCGACGUAACACGCGGGCGGGUGCGAACGCUGCUGCGGAAAAGACCCCCUGCUAAAGACCCCCGUGGAUAGGAUCCAUCUUUAUGCUCCUCCGAUGACCUCCUCCUCCCUAACCUACAUUAGAUCCUGUGUAGUGUUCUGCUACUUGUUAUGUUUGCUAAUCAUACACUUUUGAGAGAGCACGC